CUCAUUGUUUCUUGGUUUUUUGAAUGAGAGCUCUCCGACGAUGGCGUCUCCAUCGCCCGACGUGCGAUCAUGGCGGACGUCGUUCCUCACACUCAGAGACGAAACCCUAAACCCUCCUCCUCCCUCUUCCCUUCUCACUCUCCUUCAGAACGUCAUCCUCUCCCAUCCCUCCGCCUCUCUGAUCGCCGCUGCCGCCCAAUUGCCUUCUCACGAGAUCACUUCGGAUUUGGUGCUUCUUGCUGGGCUCGCGUCUGCUACAUUGGAGUGCCCUGAUGCUGCUGCGGCUUCACUCCAGAUCUGUCACUUGAUUCAUGAUGUCACUUGUAGUAUUCGUCUGGAAAUCAACUCAUCAUCAUGGACCAUUAUACUUAACUUCUUUGAAAAGCUCACAAAGCAGUUGCUGUGUGAAGCUGAUGCAGUUAAUUUUGCUAAAGUGCGCACUGCUAGAGUUGAUGUGAUAUCUGAGAUUCUAGAGAUUAUCAGGCAUAUUUAUAGAGGUUAUGGACCAAAGAGUUCAUUAUCAGACAAUACAGAACUAGUUGGCAUUGUUCUUUGUCUUAUUUCAUGCUUGCACACUGAGCUGCUUACAAUACAUCAGUCAAAUUUCUCUCUGUCACCUGCCACUGAUAUCAGAGUAGUAUAUUCCACAUCCAAAAGUUUGUGGGAGAUGCAGACUAUUGCAUAUGUAUUAACAGGCGAGGCCUUAUCAAAACUUGGAUCAUCUAUUUCAGCAAAUUUGUGGCACUGUGUACUUGAGGGUUUGAGGAAAGCUAUGGAUUUCUUGGCAUCAAAGAACUUGAUUAUCGAAGACUAUGUAAUGUCAAGGUUUUAUGCCACUCUUCUCCAUUGUUUGCAUAUGAUUUUAUUGGAUCCAAAAGGAUCCCUCUCAGGCCAUGUGGCAGGUUUUGUGUCAACAUUGCAAAUGUUUUUUACUUACGGCCUCUCUAGCAGAUCCUUCUUAGUUCCUACAACCAUUGGUUCAGUUAACAAGGAAAAUGGUACUUCAAACCAUAAAUCUAGAUUUGUGGAAUCUAGUAAAAAUGAGCAUGGUCGAUAUAAACCCCCUCACCUCCGCAAAAAAGAGACUCUCAUGCAAGUUCCAAAAUCCUUGAGUUCUUCAGAUAGUGAACUCUCAAAAAACGGCUUUACAUCAUCUGAUUCUGAUCAAAGUGAUGGUGAUGGUUUUGCUAAAUUUGAAGAUCCCUUUCGAAGUUCUAAGGCUCGAAUUGCUGCAAUAAAUUGUGUACAGGCUAUCUGUCAUGCUGAUCCAAAGUCACUUACUUCCCUUUGGACAAUUCUUUUGCCAGAAACUGAUGUGUUACAACCAAGGAGAUAUCCAGCUACUCUUAUGACAUGUUUGCUUUUUGAUCCGAUAUCCAAGAUUCGAAUUGCAGCAGCUUCAACUCUAGCUGCCAUGUUGGAUAGACACGCAUUGUUUUUUCUGCAAGUAGCAGAGUACAAAGGGUCCAUUAAGUGUGGGUCGUUUACCACCCUUUCUAGCUCACUUGGACAUAUAUUGAUGCAACUGCACAGAGGUAUUCUAUACUUGAUUCAGCAUCAACCUCACAGUGGAUUGUCGACACCCUUGUUCAAAGUUCUCUCAUUUCUUAUAUCUGCUACACCAUAUGCUCGAAUGCCUGAAGAAUUGUUACCAAGUGUGAUUGUAUCUUUACGAGCUUGGAUGAUGGAGGACCUUGCAAACAAGCAUAUUGGUCUUUUGGGAAUUGCUCUUAGUUGCCUGGAAGCUGCACUUUCUAGGUCACCUUCCUCUGUGAAUGUCCUAAAAGUACUUGAAGAAGAUAUUUCAAAAGAUUGUGCCCAUAGGCAGCAAGGAUCUAGUUUGCCUCAUAUUCUACUGCAAUUAACUGAGAGAGGGAGACAUUCUUCUGUUAAAUUAGAGGCUCUUCAGGUUCUCAAAGCAUUAAUACACAAUUAUCCAAGCUUAGUGACAAGAGUGUGGGAGUGCAUCUCUUCUGUUGUGUACAGUUUAUUGCAAACACGCAGCACUGAUGAAUUCAGUCCUGAAAUCUGUUCUGCUUCAUGGAGGGGAGAAAGUGGGAAAUCCCCAGGGUCAAACAUCGAGAAAUGCACUAUGGCUGGUGUUAAGGUUUUGGAUGAGUGUCUCCGUGCGGCGUCUGGCUUCAAAGGGACUGAGUUAACAGACGGCCUUGAAGAAUGUGGAUCACUUGAUAUCCAAAUCCUUUCUGAUUUUCGCCGAAGAAUAAGGGUUUCCUCUGCUCCAUCAUAUGACCUCAAUGGUCUUGAGGCUUUCAAGUGUAGUAUGGAAGGCCAUCUAUCUGGAAGUAACCUUUGGUCUGAGGUGAUCAUGAAGCAUCUACCUCUGGCUUUAUCACAUAGUUCCUCUAUGGUGAGGGCAGCCUCACUUACAUGCUUUGCUGGACUGACUUUACCAGUAUUCUCAUCUUUUACUAAAGAGAACCAGGAGUUUGUUAUUUCUUUAUCUAUCUCUGCAGCACGGAAUGAUCAGGUUUCACUUGUAAGAUCAGCUGCUUGUCGUGCUAUUGGUGUUAUCGCUUUUUUCCCACAGGUUGUUUCAUGUUCAUCGGUGCUGAAUGAGUUUAUCAGAGCAGCUGAGUUUAACUCACAUGAUCCCACCACCUCUGUCCGUAUAACAGCUUCAUGGGCGUUAGCCAAUAUAUGUGAUUCACUUCGUCAGAAAGCAACCACAUCUCACUCUGAGUGUUCUUCAACCCUAAAAUUGGAUCCUGAAUCUAUUUCUGUUCUUGUUGAGAGUGCUUUAAGGUUAACCAAAGAUGGUGAUAAGAUCAAAUCAAACGCUGUGAGGGCUCUUGGGAAUCUUUCAAGGUUUAUCCAGUUUAGUGAUCAUUCUUCGCCGAAAAAUUUGACAUCGAACUGCAUAAACCUCUGCGACUCUGAUUCUGACUGGCUGGAAAGAAUGGUGCAAGCAUUUGUUUCAUGUGUAACCACUGGAAAUGUGAAGGUCCAGUGGAAUGUUUGCCAUGCUUUGGGAAAUUUAUUCAUGAAUGACACAAUGAAGCUUAAAAAUAUGUCUUGGACAUCGGCCGUUUACAGUAUUCUUUUACUACUGCUACGUGAUUCCACCAACUUUAAAAUUAGGAUACAUGCAGCCGUUGCAUUAUCUGUGCCAGGAUCAAGGCUUGAUUAUGGAAACUCAUUUGCUGAUGUUGUUCAAAGUCUAGUGCAUGUACUUGAAACAUUAAAUUCAGAUCAGACUUCAACACCAUCGGGUUUCAAGUACAAGGGAAGUCUUGAGAAGCAGGUUACUUUGACCUCUUUACAUGUGCUUGGCUUUGCAUCCAGUGAGGAUGAUCAGGCUUUAAAGGAUUUUUUAAUCAAAAAAGCAAGUUUUCUGGAAGACUGGUUCAAACUCCUAAGUGCUUCCCUGAUGGAGGUUGCAAAUCAACCCUCAUCAAGUAAAGAAACAUCCUCCGUAGAUCAAGAGGAUAUAUACAUCCCACACGCUCUAAAGAAAACCAAGUUACUGGCAGCGGCGAAAUCCUUGAGCAAUAUCUAUACCAGUAGUAAACGGCAAGGCCUUGCUCAGAGAUUUGUGAAAUAUGUUGAUAACUUGGCGGAGGAUUCGUGAUCAGUGAUCACCUUGCUAAACCACCAUAUUUUAUGUAUGUCGUUAUAAACCACCAUAUUUGAUGUAUCUCGUUAUAAUAAUUCAAUGUUCUUCAUGUGCUGUUGUCCACUUCAUGAACACUGAUUUCAAGUCACACAUUGUAUUUGUACAUAUGUAGCUACGGACCGUAAUUAUCUCUUAUCUCUCGUGCA